AUGACCUAUUCAACAUCUCGAGGGACACAGCGUCAGCAACAAGCUAGUACAUUUGGGACCUUCAGGGAACGAGAGUUUCUUAGAUAUCUUCCUCCGUAUCAUCUACAAGCCCAUCCUAUACCUCAUGUCGAUCGAGACACUCAGCCUACCUCGUUCGCUCCACGGUCAUCUUGGGACCCCGCUUUGACCUCCUUCGCCCAGUUGGGCACGCUACGCUUGGAUGCCAAACGGGCUUUGAUUUCACUAUUUGGUCGAAACGAACAGGUCGUCCUUACCGAGGCCACCCAGUCCUUAAACAUUCACGAUGACGGGAGCCACAAUUCUCGCGAUGGAUUGUGGAUUGGAUGCUGCACAAUGUCCUACGAGCUAAGUCUCUGCAAACUGUCGAUCAAUCAAUCUCAGGCUACAGAGAACACCCCUCAACCGCUGGUGGUGACCGACAUGACUCAAAACGAAGAGUUCAAAACCCAUCCUUACGUGGCGCACAGCCCCCAUAUACGCUUCAUGGCAUGCAGCCCUAUUAUAAGCCCCAAAGGUAUUGUUAUUGGCGCUUAUACGGUUUUGGAUGACAGACCUCACGACCCAUUGGAUGAUAAAGCUAUGAAGUUCCUGGCAGACAUUGCCCACACGGUCAUGGAUCAUCUGGAUGCAACUCGAUCUCGACAUGAACAUCUUCGAGGCGAGCGCAUGAUAGUUGGACUGGGAAGCUUUUUGGAGGGCAAAGGCUCAUUACGCAAUUCUUGGAUUAAUGCAAAUGAGACGGUUCGGACUCCACCUGCACGCGGUGAAGAUAUUGAGUUGGAAGGCCAUGUCAAUCAAGAACAACAGCAGAAGCAAAUGUCCGAAUAUGUGGCGCCGACCGCAAAGUAUAACGAUGGCCAAGGUCUCAGACCAUUCCGCCCACAAAAUUUCAACACCAAUCAGACUGGGAACCCACCAUCGCAACCAAGCCAAGAGCGGAAAAUGGCUAGCCCGGAGAUCAGCAAAAGGAAUUAUUUCUACGCUCGGCCCCGGAAUAGACGUGCAUCUCAUACAACCAUGGCACCAACGCACAGGGAUUCUUUGAAGAAAGCUCCAAGGGACAGCUAUGCCAACAAAGUCAAGGAAACGUUUUCUCGAGCGGCAAACAUUGUUCGCGAGAGCAUUGAGGUUGAGGCUGUCGUUUUCUUCGAUGCCAAUUUUGGCUCCCCAGACGCCUUGGUCAAUACUUCCAAUGUUGAUUCAGAGAGUGGUGGUAGCUGUAUGGAAAGUAACUCUUCCAGCGAAGAGGAAGCGAAACGCUGCAGAUCCCCAAGAGAGCGGGAUGUCUCCAGCGACCCGCAACCUGAACAUUGUGGACCAUUAACGGUGAAUCCAUGCAAGAUGCUUGGCUUCGCAACCUCGGAUGUAGCUAGCGUAAGCAAAGAGUAUAUGCUGGAUAAAAAGGUUGCGGUGUCCGAAAAUUACCUUGGGCAGCUUUCGCGCCGAUAUCCCCGGGGCAAAAUCUUCAAUUUUGGUGAAGAUGGAACCCUCUCAUCCGACGAGAACAGUGAUGGUGGCUCCCCGUCCAGUGACGGCAAAAAAUUCAAGAAGACUAGGAAGGCAAUACUGCGCCAGGAUGCCGUGACCCUUUUGCAGGUCGCUCCCAAUGCUCGAAGCAUUGUCUUUUCACCUCUAUGGGACUCACACAAAGGAAGGUGGUACUCAGGCUGCCUGACCUGGACAAGAGCGCCCCACCGUGCUUUGACCUCUGAAGAUGAGCUAGCGUUCUUAUUUGCUGUGGGGCAUAGCGUUAUGGCCGAAGUCCACCGGCUCGGCGCCUUGUUGACAGAACGAGCGAAAUCGGAUUUAUUGGCUGGAAUCAGCCACGAGCUUCGCUCCCCUCUUCAUGGAAUUUUUGGUACAGUUGAUAUUCUAAACGACACCGUAAUGGAUGUCUUGCAGCGUGGAUUGGUGCAUACAAUCUCAUCUUGUGCAUUUACCUUACUCGGCUCAAUAGACCAACUCCUGGAAUAUGCCAGCAUCAACGAUGUCCGUUCGAGGCCUGCUAAAUUCCAACCUCAAGAUGCCGCAAAUGGCUCACAGCUUGGAACAGUGGAUAAAGAUUCUGCCGUUCAGUUGGACGCUGCCGUGGAGGAUGCAAUUGAAACUGUCUUUGCAGGAUAUUCAUUUUUUAAGAGCCCGACUACCCCGCUAUGGACUACUGCCCAUAUAUCCAAUCCAUUCGACUUCAAAGGCGGAGUCAAAGUCAUCCUUGAUAUUGAUCGUGCCCAAAACCUCAAAUUUGCCACCCGUCCCGGUGCCUGGCAUGUGAUUUUGACAAAUUUCUUCGGAAACGCCCUGAAGUUUACUGACGAGGGGUUUAUCUAUGUUUCUUUGAAGGCGACUCCAGUGAGGUUCAACACGGACGGCCAGGUGACGCAUUCAAAGGUCACUCUGUGCAUCAAGGAUACUGGAUGUGGCAUGGAAGAAGAGUUUCUGAGGAGCGAAUUAUUCACUGCUUUUUCCAAAGAAGACAGACUGUCACCAGGGAAUGGCUUAGGAAUCAACAUAGUGAACCGAAUAGUAUCCUCGCUCGGUGGUGAGAUUGAGAUUAGCUCCCAGAAAGGUGUCGGUACAGAAGUUGUCACAACAGUGACCCUUGAACAUGUUGUGGAGCGGGUUUCCAACGGUAGCCUCAAUGGUGCCUCGUUUCCUUUGUCGAUGAGAAACCUGGUCAAGAACAAGACUAUUGGGAUCUUGCUUCACACGUCUUCCGAUGGAGACGCGGCUUUGCUCUCAUCCAUACACAAACUAUGUCAAGACUGGUUCCAAAUGAAAGUCGAACUAGUUGAGCCAUCGAACAUGAAAUCUGGCGGUUGUGACUUUUAUAUUACCCUCCAUCAAACCUUGGCUGGAGGCAUUCAUGAAAUCUUGCCUGACUGUCUUUGUUCAAAUGAGCGAUUGGCUCCCCCUUUGAUAAUCAUAUGUUCUUCUCCAAGAAUUGCGCAUACACUAGCAUCGCAGGAUCGACGGGAACCAGGGGUCUUUGAGUUUAUCAGCCAGCCAUGUGGACCGUACAAGUUAGCAAAAUCACUUGAAAGCUGUCUGCAACGCCAACAGCUACGUCGUGACGCCUUAAUUGGCAAACGAAGACGAUCAACAGGCCAAAAGCCCAAUGGGCUCGAAAAUUCAGUGAAUGGGCGACUCAAGAAUGACUCAAUAUCAAUACGCAGCACUAGGCCCAUUCGACCACCUGGGCCGCUGAAAAUGCCUCCAGAAUUCUCUACUGAACCUAUGGUGACACCUGCUCUGUCUGUUCCUGCAGACUUGGACUUGGAGUUUCAACCGGAGGAUUAUUUGGCGGUCCAGUCACAAACCAUAUCCCCCGGGACUAUCCUCCUUGCGGACGACAAUGAGAUCAACCUCAAGAUCCUGAUGGCAUUUAUGAAGAAACUGGGGUAUAAUUACGCGAUUGCACACAACGGACUAGAAGCUCUGGAUAUUUUUAAGAAAAGCGCACACAACAUUGAAAUUAUUCUAAUGGACAUUUCAAUGCCCAUCAUGGAUGGUAUUGAAGCCACUCGACGCAUCCGCGAGUUUGAAAAGACCCUUGAAAACAAGAAGCGUACUAUGAUUCUCGCGCUGACCGGUGUCGCACAAGCUGAAACGGAACGAGAUGCCAUCGGGUCUGGUAUGGAUGCAUUUUUGACGAAGCCCGCACGAUUGAAUGCGUUGCGGCCAAUUAUUAAGGAGAGGCUACCCCAGGUUUGA